AUGCCAGGAGAUGACCGAAUACCGCCGAAACUCACGCCGACGACGCUGCGCCUUGUCACCUUCAACGUCAAUGGCAUCAAGACGCUCAAAAACUACUUUCCCUGGACGCUGGUGUCAAACUACUCCCAGAUGCUCAACAUGAUGAACAUAGACGUGAUCACCUUCCAGGAGCUCAAGGUGCAGAGGCCGGACGUCGAUCUGAGUAUCGCCGAUGUUGACGGCUAUCGUAGCUUUAUCAGCGUGCCCAUAUCCAAGAAGGGGUACUCUGGAGUGGGUGUUUAUGUGCGAAAGCCUCGUGACGACGAGCCCGAGAUCCUCAAAAAGUGUCUCACCGUGGUGCGUGUCGAGGAGGGCAUCACAGGAAUACUGCCGCACCAGAAAAAACACGUUUCAUUCAAAGAGGCGUACAGCGACCCUGUUCUUCAACCCACGUGCAUUGGUGGCUAUCCAGACCACAAAAACAUGUACGACAAGUUCCGCAAGCUCGACAGCGAGGGCAGAUGUGUGAUUAUCGAGCUCAACUUCAACAUCGUCGUAAUCAGCGUCUACUGUCCGGCCAACAGUCUCGGCACGGACGAGGGCGAAGAGUUCCGGUUGCUGUUUUUGCGGUGUCUGUUUGAACGGGCGCGCAAUUUACGUGCUAUGGGCAAGAAAGUGGUCGUAAUGGGCGACAUCAACGUGUGCGUCGAUCUCAUCGACAGCGACGAUACCAUCAAGCAGGGCUUCAAAGAGCGUCGACUGGUGAAGGCCCAAGACUACAGCGACUUUGAGACGCUCAACGCGGACCAGGUGCUGGCUUUCAAGCACUCUGCUCCCCAUCGCGAGCUGGUGAACCAGUACGUUAAGGACACCACAGGAAUGCGGCCAGACGGCGACUCACACGUUCUGCACGACGUCGUGCGCGAGAAACAGGGCCGCCGGCUCAAGAUGUACACGGUCUGGAGCACGUUCAAGAGCAACCGGCCGCUCAACGUUGGGUCCCGCAUCGAUCUCAUCCUUGCUUCGUCGCAGCUCGCGCCCCUGGUCAGCCAGGCAGACAUCUGGCCGUUUCUGCACGGGUCCGAUCAUUGUCCGGUUCACGUCGACUUUGAACUGGCAGAUCUCGAGUUUUCACCAGAAGAAGACCGCUCGGCCGAGUACGCAGCCAAGUCGAACUGGUUUGAGGCCAAAAACUUUUACGGACUGCAUACUAAAGGUAGUAUCGAUAAGUUCUUCCGCAAAAGGGAGCCAAAACGUCAGGAGAAAGUAGACAGUGAACGGGACGACGCAGAUGGCGGCAGUGAUAGUGCAACGCCCGGCUAUAGCUCUCGCAAAAGAGCACGCAAAGAUCGUCCAGACCAGCUCUCUAUCUCGGACUUUUUCUUCAGGUCUGACUCGUCUCCACCGCCUGCCGAAGACGACAGAGCAAAAUCGAAAAUUUCCGUUCGCGAUUUCACCGAGUUGCUCGGCCAGUCGGGCGCGUCCGCCCCACAGUGCCGCCAUGGCGAGCCGUGCGCGCUGCGAACGGUCAAGACGGAGAAAAAUAAGGGGAAAAAGUUCUGGUGCUGUCCACGCGCAACACGCAGCGUGUCGUGGUUGCCCGAGUCUGCAGAGCAGACGGAGGCAGACGCUAUAGAUGAGUACAACUGUGGUUUCUUCAAAUGGGCAAGCAAGUGA